AACUGAUGUGAAGUUUACCGUGCAGGAAGAAAGCUGAAAAUAUAUAACCAAAAAUUGUAAUGUCUUUCUGCUGAUACACAACUUGCUCGAGUAUCAGGUUUUUAUGUUUCUUGUUGUUACUGGUUUUUGCUUAAAAGUGUUAUGUUUAGGGCUUUGCUAGUUUGACCACGUGUGAAUAUCUCUCAAGGAUGCCUGUAACUCUGCAGUGUCCCGGUUAUCCUGAAGACACACUGCGCACCCUUGCUGAAAAACUGCCAUGCAGGGAGACACAGGUGACGUCACUGCUGUCACUCAUGGGGCAGCCAGAUCACUACAGCUAUCCUUCAGUUUUCAUCUAUGGGCACAGAGCAACGGGAAAGAGUCAUGUGGUGCUCACCAUCAUGAAGGAUCUGGAGCUUCCUCAUGCUUCAGUGGACUGUGUGGAGUGCGUGUCCGCUGGACUGCUGUUUUACCAGGUGUUGUCCGCCCUUUUCGGACCAGAUUCAGCUGCUUUGCUUCCGCGUUGUCCGUCUUUGUCAGAUUUUGUACGCCUGUACAAACAGAUGAGCUCCAACACACCUGCCACACAGACACGCUAUAUAGUUCUGGACCGAGCUGAACGCAUAAGAGAUAUGGAUUUCAGCCUGCUUCCUGCUCUUCUGCGCCUACAGGAACUGGUAAAUGAUAAUGUGACCAUUAUCUUACUCAGCGAAAUAGUGUGGGAAAAGUUUCGUCCUAACACCGGCUGCUUUGAACCUCUGCUUUUUCAUUUCCCAGAUUACAGUAAAGUGGAGCUUGUGCAGAUUCUGUCAAAGGAUCAUCACCCAUCCUACACACCUGAGCUCUACGCCUCCUACAUAAACAUCUUGCUGGGGGUUUUCUUCUCGGUGUGCAGGGAUCUAAGGGAGCUCAGGCACCUGGCUAUGCUGAACUUUUCCAAGUUCUGUGAACCUUUGGAGAAAGGAGAAGCCAAAGAGAGUGAUAUCCACAAGUUAUGGAAGAACAUCGAGCCCCAUCUGCAUAGAGCCAUGCAGACAGUUUACCUCCGAGAGGUGUCCAGUGUACAGUGGGAGCAGCAGCAGAUGGACGAGAAGGAGGCCACAGCUCUCAGAGGUUUAUCAGCACAUGCUCACAUAGAGCUGCCAUAUUACUCCAAGUUUCUGCUGAUCGCUGCGUAUCUGGCAUCCUUUAACCCUGCGCGCACAGAUCGACGCUUCUUCCUGAAAAGUCAUGGAAAAAUCAAAAAGACUAAUUUCUUGAAGAAACAUGAAAAGACUAGUAACCACCUGUUGGGACCGAAGCCUUUUCCUCUUGACCGACUGUUGGCCAUUUUCUACAGUGUGGUCGAUAGCAGAGUCGCUCCUACAGCCAGUAUCUUCUCACAGAUUUCAUCUCUAGUUACUCUGCAGCUUCUCUCUCAGGUGGGACAUGAUGACCAGCUGGACUCACCCAAAUACAAAUGUGCUGUUUCACUGGACUUCAUUCUGGCAAUAUCCAGAACCGUAAGUUUUGAUGUGGUGAAGUAUCUGUAUGACUUCCUGUAAAUCUGCUGCAGUGGAAAUGAAGAUCUGCUUGGACAAAACACUUGGAGAGCUUUAUGGACUGAUGUUACAGGAGCUUUCUGCAUUACUAGUCUAAUCAGAUGGUAUCAUGGAAAAAUACUCACAAUUUAUCCAAGGGUCUCCUUCCUUAAGGGGAAUUUAUCGUGUGGCACACUGUAACCUAAUACUGGUGUAAUAAAAGCUGUAUAGUUUGUUAAAAUAGUGGGUCUUCAUGUAUUUUUUAUUAACUAGUUUUCGUUCAAUAGUUUAGGGAUAGUAAGAUUAAAAAAAAAAUGUUUUUGUGUCUUACAUUGACCAAACGCUGUAAAAUAUUAUAAGCAGUAUUAAGAAGUUGCCGUUUUCUGUUUGAACAGAUUUAUAAGUGAAAUUCAUUAUUGUUAUGGCGAACUUGUUUGAAUUGUUUUUGUAUAUAUUUAUCCAUAACGAAUAGAAAGCCUUCAAAUGGCCAUUUAAAUCUGAAAGUAAUAUAGAUGCUGAACUGUUCUAUAUUUAUUUAUUACUUUCCCCAAACUUUGAAACUAAUAUUGCACUCAAAAUGAGUUAAACUAAAUGUCAAUGACAGGUACAAGCUUUGCUAUGGAUUGUUACUGUAAAAUAAUGAUAUGUUUACAUCUAUUAGGCUUUAUUCCACUCUGCUGUUUCUCAUCCAGUGUUUUUUGCAGCAUGGCAGACAUCUCAUCAUAUCUCCCCCAGACUUCAUGGUAAUGCCACAGUUGUAUGUCACAUUUAAAGUGAGUGGCGUAUCUAUAUUACAAACAUGUUUUGUGAUAUUUGACUCCUCUGCAGAAGCUCAGUGGAUUGACCUCCUUAUCCUGUCGCAACAAGAUGGUGAAGCUGGCAUGAAUACCAAUCAGCCUCUCAGAUGUAGACAAACACAUGCCAGAACGACAGCUAAAUGAGGAUCAAGGAGAAAAACUGUGCAGAGGAGUAUGGAGGUGGUGGUGAGAGUGAUGAUUAGGAUGAUGAGGGUGCCCUCUGGAGGAUUAAUGCCCCAUUCCAAAUCUGCGUCUGAGAGACGGACAGAGCCGCUGGUCACAGACAUAAUCCUCAGGUCAACACACUUUCCUCCAAAUGUCACCUGUCUUUGUGCCACACAAGUCCCAGACGGUCUAGACCAGGCUCUGAGAGAAGGUCAUUGGCAAAAUGUGUGUUGAGGCUUUCUUAUGUGUGCAUGUCUGAAUAGUCAUACUCUCUAUUUAGAUGAUCAUUCUCUAUAUAUAGAUUGCAUAUAGAUUAUCAGAUGGCAACAACAGCAAAAAAAAAAAAAAAAAAAAAA